AUCUCCAGUCAGAAAGAGACUGCCUGCGAGGGAGAUUCCUGGUUGCUGCUGUGUAGACCAAGGAAACCCAGGACCCUGUGGGGAGACUCAACAGCCCGGUCUCUGCCCCACAGACCUGAGAGCCGGUGAGUCUGGGGCUGGGUUUGCAGGGACUAAGUGUGUGGGAGAGUCAUGCGCACGGAUCUCAACUCACAGGCUCUCUGCAUCCUGUCCACAGCACCGCUGCCCUCGUUUUCAGACGCCAGCACCGCCUGCAGGAGGCCAGGCUCAGCCCAGGGAGAGCGGAGAGGCUAAGGCCCCCAAACAUGGCGCGCACCAAGCAGACCGCCCGCAAAGCCACCGCCUGGCAGGCCCCCAGGAAGCCCCUGGCCACCAAAGCCCCAGGCAAGAGGUUGCCGCCUAGAGGGGGGAUCAAGAAGCCUCACCGCUACAGGCCUGGCACCCUGGCGCUGCGGGAAAUCAGAAAGUACCAGAAGUCCACGCAGCUGCUCCUGCCCAAGCUGCCCUUCCAGCGCCUGGUGCGCGAGAUCGCCCAGGCCAUCAGCCCGGACCUGCGCUUCCAGAGCGCGGCCAUUGGCGCCCUGCAGGAGGCCAGCGAGGCCUACCUGGUGAGCCUCUUCGAAGACACCAACCUGUGUGCCAUCCAUGCCGGGCGCGUCACAAUGAUGCCCGGAGACAUGCAGCUGGCCCGCCGCAUCCGUGGAGAGGGAGCGUAAGGACCCAAAGGUAGCUAAGCAUAGGAUUGGGAGUGGAAACAGGCAGAAAUCAGGUCUUGGUGGUGGUUCUGUGUGCUUUUGUCAAUGUCUCAUCUACCUUGAGGGUCAUAAGGCACUAGUGUCAAGUGGGAAGUUUCAGUGAGCGAGUUUCAGCGCUUCAACUCUACAUCCAGUUUCAAGAAACCUGUUCAUUUUCACUGGACUACGCCUGUGUUUAGACUACUUCAAACCAAAUAAAUCUCUUCCUG